AUGGAUUUUCUAACGGUAAACCGCCAAGUACCUUUAUCAGUUUCGAAAAAGAGUGAGGAAUCCGAGUCCAAUGAAGAUCUCGAGGUGGAUAAUUCAAAUAGUGUGCUGCUCAAGAUUGCCACGCUAUAUGCAGAACAGUUAAUGAGUGACCUCACUUUGGAGGUAGGAGGAAGGAGGUAUCCAGCUCACAGGCUGAUCCUAUGUGCUAGCAGUGAGGUAUUUCAGGUAAUGUUGAUGAACCGUGAAUGGAGCGAGUGGCGUGAGAGUCGCAUCGUUCUACAGGAGACUCCGACGGCUGCGACCGUGUUCCCACACUUUAUCAAAUAUUUCUACACCGGACAUAUAAGGAUAUCAUAUCAGACUGUGUUGCCAGUGCUUUCUCUUGCUGAUAAAUAUAAUGUAAAGGAUCUAGUCAGUCUGUGCCUAGGAUACAUGGCACAGCACAUAGCGCAGGCAGCCAAGCGCGGACAGCUCAUUUCCUGGAUGCAGUAUACAAUGGCGUGUGGACACAAUGAAGUUGCGAAGGCGUGCCAGAACUUUGUAAAAUGGAAUUUGGAGUGGGUGUGGUCGGAUAGUGAUCUCAGCGAACUGGAAGGAGAGACAUUGGUUCAGUUGCUACAACAGAGUGAUUUAGUUCUACACAAUGAGAUGAGCCUUUACCAUUUCGUGGUUCGAUGGCUGAACCAACAGCGCGAUCGCCUUAACGCCAGUGACUUGUCCAAGGCGGAGAUGAAGGCACACUGGGAGUCACUUGUGGCAGCUGUCUUCUCACAUGUCAGGUUCCCGAUGAUGUGUCCGAACCAGCUGGCAAAACUACUGCUGUGUCCGCUCACGCAGGAGCACAAGGACUUCUUCAUGGAACGAAUGGCGAUUGCCAUGAGCUACCAGUCAGGGCAAUACGAACGUGUGGCCGAGGUCCAGCAGACAGAGGCAGGUCGCAUGCUCUUCACUCCUCGGCUUUACACUGAGGACACGUGGGGCUCAGUGCUGGCCGUGGACAACUUCCACUCCCUCCCCUGCUACCACACCAGGACGUUCAUCUUCUCCACAAGACCCUCGAUAGCAGACGUUGCGCCGCAGGACAAGCUGACGGAGUGGACGGUGGACUUGUAUCCUAAAGGCGUGUGGUUCAAGAAGAGUUUGUUGAUAGUAUGGGCGGGUACUUAUGAUGUGCCAGAGGUGGUACUCCGGACGGUGCGUAUAUCCAUCACGUGCCAGAACUGUCCCACAGGGACCCUCAACCAGUACGGAGAGGCGGAACAGCCCGAGCCAGACGUCAGGGUCAAGAUUGGUAUAUUGGUGUGGGGCGUUCAGAAAGGUGUUGAACACGUAUCCUCUGUAGUGGAACGAGUGCAUCGCUUCUCAGCUCAGAACAGGGUGCUGAACAUAGAUGGUGCGUUGGAUUUCGACGAGCUGAACACGCCGCUGUACAGCCCCGGGCCCCCUACACCCCCACCACAACCACCACCAUACAAGUGUUCGAAAUGCUCCGAGAGCAGUGAAGAGGUGGAGCCGCGCCACCUGCUGGGGCCCAACCGCGAGCAACUGCGCGUGCAGGUCAUCAUUGUACCACUCACCGACUACUGCCACGUGUCGCCGCGUUCAUAG